AAUUCUCUGUAGCCAAUAGAGAAAAUCGCCGCUUUCCAAAAAUUGCCCCCAUCUGCACUUCACUCACACCGCCGUCGAUCCAUUUUCUCCGGCGAUUUCUCCUCCAAUGGCGACGGCGAACGCGGAGCGGAUUCAGCUCGCGAAGCUCUGCAGCUCCAAGGAUUGGUCAAAGGCUAUCCGGAUUCUCGAUUCACUCCUUGCACAGUCAUGCGCCAUUCAGGAUCUUUGCAAUCGAGCUUUCUGCUAUAGCCAAUUGGAGUUGCACAAGCACGUGGUCAAGGACUGCAAUAAGGCGCUGCAGCUUGAUCCUAAGCUUCUCCAAGCGUAUAUUCUUAAAGGCCAUGCCUUUUCUGCUAUGGGAAGGAAAGAAGAAGCUCUUUUAGUUUGGGAACAAGGAUACGAGUGUGCUGUUUGUCAGUCUGCUGAUUUAAAACAACUUAUGGAGCUGGAAGAGCUCAUGAGAAUUGCUAAGCAAAAUGGUUCCAUUCAGAACAGUGGUAUGGGAUCAUCUGGGUCAUCCUUUUCUGCAUCUGAAUCUGUUGUUUCCACAAAAUUAAACGAUGCAUCAAACAACCAUGGGAAAUCCAAUGGAAGAAUUAUGACACCUAGCAGCUCAACUCAACAAGUAGAAGCUCACAAAAACGGAUCAAGUCUUAAUAUCAAAGGAGAGAGUUCUUUUGGCAGUCUAUCAAGCACGAAACUUGAAAAUCGUCCAAUGGAAACCAAUGGGAUACACAAGAACAAGAAGUCAGUAGGGAAGUCUGCACUGAACAAUUCGGCAGAAACCAGCAGUGAAUUGAUUGAUUUUUCUGAUAUAUGUAGUGAGCCAUUAAGCUUAUCUGAGAUACACAAUGAAUUAAUGGAUGACGCCAAUAGGAGCAAAAAGUUUUGUGUUGCCAGGAUAUCAAAGAACAAGUCAAUUAAUGUUGAUUUCAGAUUAUCAAGGGGAAUUGCACAGGUUAAUGAAGGAAAGUACGCUCAUGCUAUAUCCAUCUUUGACAAGAUACUACAAGAAGAGCCUGAUUACCCUGAGGCCUUAAUUGGAAGAGGGACGGCAUAUGCAUUUCAACGAGAACUGCAUGCUGCUAUUGCUGAUUUUACUAAGGCGAUAGAAUCAAAUCCCUUAGCUGGCGAGGCCUGGAAACGCAGAGGACAAGCUCGAGCAGCCUUGGGAGAAUCUGCUAAGGCAAUUGCAGACUUGACUAAAGCGUUGGAUUUUGAACCCAAUUCUCCAGACAUAUUGCAUGAAAGGGGCAUUGUGAAUUUUAAAUUUAAGGAUUACAAAGCUGCUGUUGAAGACUUAUCAACAUGUGUAGAAGCUGAUGAUCAGAACCAAUCAGCUUUGACAUAUUUGGGUUUGGCUCUAUCUUCACUGGGUGAAUAUAAAAGGGCCGAAGAGGCACAUACUAAAGCAAUCCGAAUAGAUCAAAAUUUCCUUGAGGCUUGGACUCAUCUAACUCAGUUCUAUCAAGACAUGGCAAAUUCAGAAAAGGCUUUACGAUGCAUUCAUGAGAUUCUUAAAAUUGAUGAAAGGUUUGCCAAAGCAUACCACCUGCACGGGCUUCUUCUCCAUGGAAUGGGAGAACACAGGAAUGCCAUCAAGGAAUUAUCAACGGGAUUGAGUAUUGAUAGCUCGAAUAUCGAAUGUUUGUAUCUAAGAGCUUCUUGCUAUCAUGCUAUAGGAGAAUUUAAAGAAGCAGUUAAAGAUUAUGAUGCCGCCCUAGAUCUUGAAUUAGAUUCAAUGGAAAAAUUUAUACUCCAGUGCUUAGCCUUCUAUCAGAAAGAAAUUGCACUGUACACAGCUUCAAAGUUUAAUACUGAGUUUUCAUGGUUUGACCUUGAUGGUGACAUAGAUCCCCUCUUUAAGGAGUAUUGGUGUAAAAGACUGCAUCCAAAGAAUGUAUGUGAAAAGGUCUAUAGGCAACCUCCUCUGCGAGAUUCUAUGAGAAAGGGAAAGCUGAAAAAGCAAGAAUUUACACUCACAAAACAGAAGGCAGCCCUUUUACAGGCUGCAGAUUCUAUAGGCAAGAAGAUUCAAUACCAUUGCCCAGGAUUCCUGCCCAACAAACGUCAGUACCGAAUGGCGGGACUUGCUGCUUUAGAGAUCGCACAGAAAGUUGUCAGAGUUUGGCGCUCUAUACAAACUGAUUGGAAGCAUUCAAAUAAAGGUUCUCUUAAACAUGGAAAGAAAGUGAGGAGAAAAGAAGAACUUAUCCCUACUAGUCAUAACAGAGGUGGUGCUGGUUGCAGCACUAGCAGUUUUUUUGAAUCAUCAACUACCAGUAAUGUAGCAGAAGAUAGACCAUUCAGGCGUCCUUCAUUGCCAUGGCAUGGUGUUUAUUCAAUAGCUGUCAAAUGGAGACAAAUAUCUGAACCAUGUGAUCCAGUUGUUUGGAUUAACAAACUGAGUGAGGAAUUUAAUUCUGGAUUUGGAUCCGAAACUCCUCUUGUUCUUGGGCAAGCAAAAGUGGUACGCUAUUUCCCAAAAUUUGACAGAGCAUUCAGUGUUGCCAAAACAUUAAUGAAGGAGAAUAAGUAUGCCCGUGACAAGAAGAACAACCUCAUCUAUCUCAAUGAAGAUGGAAAAUUGCAAGAAAUAAUGAAUGCAGAAUCAUGCUCGGACCUUUAUAAAGCUGUGGGCCAGGAUUUCUGGUUGGCUACUUGGUGCCACAGUAUGGCAGUUGAGGGAAAACAGCUUGAAGGAACUAGGAUCUCUUUAACACAAACGGAUCCAAUUGGGUAUGAUUUUGCUGUCAAAACUCCUUGUACACCUUCAAGGUGGGAUGACUUCGAAAUGGAAAUGGUUUCAGCAUGGGAGGCACUCUGUGAUGCUUAUUGUGGUGAAAAUUAUGGGUCAACCGAUUUUGAUGUGCUCGAGAAUGUGAGAGGGGCAAUUUUAAGGAUGACUUAUUACUGGUAUAAUUUUAUGCCGUUAUCAAGAGGCAGUGCUGUAAUUGGAUUGGUUGUGUUGCUUGGGCUGUUUAUGGCCGCCAACAUUGAAUUCACUGGUACCAUUCCAGAGGGCGUUCAGGUGGACUGGGAUGCAAUUCUAGAACGCGACCCUAACUCGUUUAUAUCUUGCGUGAAAAGCUGGCUGUAUCCUUCCCUCAAGAUCAGCACGUCGUGGAAAGGGUACCCUGAUGUAGCCUCAACUCUUGAAACAACAGGACUAGUUGUUGCGGCGUUGAGCACCUACUCUGAUUGAGAAACUCAUCUACAAGAUAUGAGUGAGUUUUUAGGUUUGACUCGGACGCUGCAGGUUUAUAUUUUAUGAUGGACCAGUUUAUGUGGCGUUCGCAUUUUAUGAAGUGUUUUUGUUAGGUUUAUUGUUGUGCAAUCUAAUACUACUUAUUAAUCUUAGAUUAAUUAACCUCGUAUAAUGUUUGGUUUGCCAGUGUUAUUUAACUCUUGAGGUUGUUAGGGAAACUCUGUUAACUGCCUGCCUCUGGUCAGUUUUAGUAUCAGUAUUCAACGUUAGUGGUUCACACGACAAAAGUGACUUGUACCCUGAGCCUUUUGAUCGGAGGAUUUACGUCUUACUGAUUGAACUAUAUUUUGUCAUCAUAUAAUUUUUUUACUUUAA